AUGAUCAAGGAAGGCAAACUUACCCAACAGAAACAAAUUUCAGAUGGAGACAGCCAUGGAACAUUCAAGAUCAAGGCACCAGUCACUUUCCAAGUUACCUGGACCUCAUCCUUUUACAACCACUCCUCAGCACAACAUCUGGUUUCAGGAUGGUUGGAUGACUUGCAGAUUCACAGAUGGAACAGCAGCUCUGGAACCAUAAUUUUCUUGUAUCCCUGGUCCAGAGGCAAUAUCAGCAAGGAGUGGCCCAAACUGGAAAAGUUUAUUCAAAGGAGCUUCGUUGCAUUUCGUACAGAUAUAAUUGCAUUUCAAUUUAAAUACCCCGUUGAAUUGCAGUUGGCAACCGGCUGUGAGCUGCAGUCUGGAAAUUCUAUAGAAGGUUUCUACCAGAUAGCUUAUCAAGGAUCUGAUUUUCUGAGCUUGCAAAACAAUUCCUCGUCACCAUCUCCAAAUGGUGGGCAAAAGGCUCAGGCUGUCUGCAAAAAAAUCAGUCAUCACUGAAGAGUCAAGGGACUAAUUCAUAGGCUAAUCAGUGAUGUCUGCCCUCGUUUCAUCUUGAGUCUUCUUGAUGCCGGGAAGGCUCAUUUCCAGAGACAAGAAAGGCCUGAUGUCUGGCUGUCCAGUGCACCCAGCUCUAGACCUGGCCAUCUGCGGCUGGUGUGCCACGUCUCUGGCUUCCAUCCAAAGCCUGUGUGGGUGAUGUGGAUGCGGAAUGAGCAGGAGCAGCCUGAAACUCAGAGAAGGGAUGUCCUGCCUAAUGCUGAUGACACGUGGUAUCUUCUAGCGACCCUGGAUGUUGCAGCUGAGGAGGCUGCUGGGCUGUCUUGCCGAGUGAAGCACAGCAGCCUGGGAGGGCAGGACAUCGUCCUCCACUGGGAGUAUCACAGUUCCCGGGAUUGGAUCAUGGUGGCCGUGACAGUGGCCCUGGCUUUUCUGACAGGUCUCGUGUUUUGUUUUGGGAAGUGCUGGUGA